CAGCAGGUGAGCACAAUCCCAAAUCAGCGCCAAGGUGAUAAAAGACCGACGGCAAACAUUUAGUUGGGUGCACGGCAGAGCUGAGGAAGGCAGCAGAAACGUUCACCGUCAAUAGACUGAAAUAACGCAUGGGAAAGGACUCUAACGGACUACCGGUUUUUCACCUGCACUGAAAUGCAUUGCUCAAACUGCAAAAUAAAGCAAGUGAAAGAGUGAAAUCCUGAGUCAAGUCCUUCCUUUCAAGUGUGGAAAGCCAUGCAGUGAAAAUACACUUGACAGUGAAAAACCGAAGACCAUAAGCUUGAGGCAUUAAGGCAUCAUCACCAGGGAACUUCUGUGAACGUCCUGUAGCCAUGGCUGACCAAGCAAGUGGGAAAUCUGCGGAGCAACUUAAAGUGGAGAGAACAACAGCUAAAAGACUAUUCUCUCGCCUGGCCAACCGCAUAAGAAGAACAUAUGCAGACAUGUCUGAAGAAGAGCUCAAGGAGAGUUACAGCAAACUCACAGCUGAGGCCAAAAAAGUUAUCGAUGCAAAUGAUGAUUUGGAGGCCGCAAUAAUUGCAGAUCUGGAGGCGGAGCUGGAUGCAGGUGAAGACGCUGCGUUAACUGUGGAGCAAGAAGCCGAAAUGGAAAGGACUGCAAAAGAGUGUGAGCUGAAACUAAGAGAGACUAAAAGACUAAUCCAGGAGACUUUGUGGGCCAGCUUUGGAAAAGUUGAGAUUUCUACAGCACUACAGGUGGCAGAAGGGGAGUGUGAACGUGUCGAUGCUGUUCAACCAAACAUCAGCCAGGAGGCAUAUGAGUUCAAGCUCAACCACCUGAAGGAGCUGGCAAAAACUGCAAAGGAAGCAUACAGCCGGUGGAGUCAAUGGGUGCCUCCGGAUGCAAAGCAAGGAUGUCAAAGUCGAUUGAGAGAGCUUGAUCUUCACAUCCCCAGGCUGAUUUCCAAAACGGCAGAUGUCAUACAGGCAAGGAAAGAGGAGGAUGCUGAAAGACAAAUAUGGACACCUACUCCAUCCUACUCCCAGCCAUCCAUCCCAGCCAUAAGGUUAAAACCCACAGCCCUCCCCAAGUUUACGGGAAACAAACGGGAUUUUCACAGAUGGAGAAAAGACUGGGAAGCACUCCAACGGCAGGGGGAGCCAACCGGCUCAAGGGAGGUGAAGAAGGUUCAGCUGCUGGACAGUCUUGAUGAUAAAGUCACAAGGGACCUGCGACUCACCACUUACAACACAGCUGAUGACAUCUUCCGUGUCCUAAGCAACCGCUACGGCAACCAGACCUCCAUUGCCAUUGAAAUUGUGGAAGAAUUACAGAGAAUGCCUGCUGUCCGGAGUCACCAGCCGAAAAAAAUAGUGGAGCUGAUUCAAGCUGUGGAGAAAGCACUGCAGGACCUGACGGACCUUGGAGACACUGGUGCUAUCAAGAAUCCUCUAGUCACAAAGUCCAUUGAAAGUAAACUCCCAGAAACUCUCAAGAAGGAGUGGCUUGUCUAUGUUGCUGAUAAAAGAAAUGCUGUGGCUCCAGAGAACAGAUUUGACAGUCUUUUGGCAUUCCUUAAAGAGCAAGAAAGCAUAUAUGAGCAGCUCGAGCAACUAAGGGAGGAGGAGCCAAGAAUGGAGCAGAGACAUGGCAGAACCAAGGCAACCAAGACAAGUGGUGACCAUGCAGGGUGUGUCGUCUGUGGCGACCCAAAGCACAGGACAAAACUUUACUUUUGUAGGCAGUUCCGGGGGCUGAUGCUGGGAGAGAAGAACGCUGCUGUAAGGAGGUUGGGGGCAUGCAAGGAGUGUCUCGAGGUCCAUGAUGACUGCUCAUCCUGCAAACCCGGCUUCCUGUGCAAGAACAAAGACUGCAAGGAUAGAAGCACUCCCAUGCACCAUUAUUACCUGUGUCCCAACUUUGAGAUGAAGAAAAGCAACGCAAUCCAGAAGAGGAGCAGGAUUGAUCCAGAGGAAGAGAGGGGCAGGAGGAAAUACACAGAGGAACAGGAGGAGUUCUUCAGUAAGCUCUCACCUGAACUUGCAUGGCAAUGCCGAGAUGUCUUCUUCAAUGCUGCUUCCAGAGUCGUUCGAUCUGUAAAAGACAAGACUGGUCUCCUUGAGGGAAAUGGACUGCAAGAGCUGCCAGUAAUAAUGAUGCUUCUUGAGGUGACAGCUAAUGCCGGGCAGAAGAUUGGCACACUAAUUGAUUUGGCAUCGGACACCAAUUAUAUAACCCACAGGGCUGCGAGCAGACUAAACCUCAGAAGUGAAGAAAUCAAAUUGGUCGUCCAUGGAGUGGCAGGAAUGAAGGUUCAUGUGGAGACGAAGCGGUACCUCCUAAAAAUUCGAGUUAAGACCCCCAAAGGCACUCUGCGACCACACAAUCUGGUUUGCUAUGGGCUCGACAGCAUUGCAGACAUCCACAGACAUGUCACCCCAAAACAGCUUCAAAAGUUCUUCCCGGACGUGCCACUGGAAGAGGUGGUGAGACCAAAAGAAAUCAACCUGCUCAUCAGCCACAGGGAAGGCAGACUAGUGCCUCAAACAGUCAAAGCUGUUGGGGACCUCGUGCUGUGGGAUGGACCCCUCGGGAAAACAGUUGGAGGAACACAUCCCAAACUCUUUGAAGGGCUAUCCAUGUCAGCCCACCAGUCCAAGACACACUUCGCCAGGUCAAUGAGGGCAGCUGCUGUAAAGUAUGAGGAACUCAUCAACAGGGCCCCAGAGCAGCCUCCACCAAGCAAUCAAAUCACCACCCAGGCCAAAGAGUCAAAGACUUCAGCCACUAAGAGGGACUUCCUGGAGUGGUGGAGAUGGGACAGCAUAGGUGCAGCGUGUGAACCAAAGUGUGGGGGAUGCCGCUGUGGAAACUGCCAGCCAGGCGGCAAAGAAAUAACUCUGGCUGAGGAGAGGGAGCUCGAAGUAGUUCGUGAAGGUCUCACUUAUGUCACAGAGGACCGGCAUAGUGAGGAGCCACACUGGCAUGCUCGGUAUCCCUGGCUAGAAGAUCCUGCCACCUUACCAAACAACAAGAGAACAGUUGAGGCCACGUUCCUCAGAACAGAAAAACAGCUUUCCAAGGAACCGGAGUGGAAGGCUGCUUAUGCUGCUCAGGUGCAUGACAUGGUCAAUCGAAGAGCUGCCAUCAAGUUGUCAAACAAUGUGAUCACCAGCUGGACUGGACCGGUAUGGUAUGUGAGCCACCUCAUCGCUCCUAACCCCCACUCUGUCACAACCCCUGUAAGGCUCGUGUGGAACAGCAGUCAAAAAUGCAGAGGUGUGAGCCUAAAUGACCUGCUGAUGAAAGGCCCAGAUGUCCUCAACCCGAUUCGUGCUGUCCUCCUCAGAUUCAGGGGUGGAAGAUAUGCUGCGCUGGGGGACAUAAGAAAAAUGUAUAAUUCAGUCUGGUUAGAAGACACAGAGAUGCACCUGCACAGAUUCCUGUGGCGUGACUCAGAAGAGGAAGAACUUGGAGAGUAUGCCAUCACAAGAGUGAACAUUGGAGACAAGCCAGCAGGGUGCAUUGCGCAGCUAGCAAUGCGUGAAACAGCUAACCUCCCUCGUUUCACUCACCUCCAAGAAGAAAAGCAGGUACUCCACCAGGACAGUUAUGUUGAUGACAUCGUCACGUCACAUGACAACCUUGACCGACUGAGAACCAUUACAGCAAACGUGGAGCAGAUCCUGAAAGCUGGAGGGUUUGAACUCAAACCUUGGGUCUUUUCUGGGCAAAGUGGGAGGAAGGAGUUCAGUAACAGGAUGGAGGAGAAGGCAACAGGGACCAUAAUCCUGCCAAACCAAAUGCGUGAUAAUGACAACAAAGCACUUGGGCUGGGCUACCUGGUAGAAGAGGACAAACUGCACGUCAUGAUCGGCAUCAACUUCUCAAAGAGAAGGAAAAAGAUGCGGCUUGGUCAAGAUCUCCUGGAGCAGAUCAGAGCUCAGACACCAAACCCCCUGACACGUCGAGAGUUGCUCAGCCAGGUAUCGGGGUUGUAUGAUCCACUUGGCCUGGUAACCCCGGUUAAGCAGAAAGGCACCAUCCUGGUAAGGAGGGCAUUCCGAGAGGAUGCAAUAAAGCUGCUUCAAGAGUAUGUCCGGCUUGACGAAAUCAAGUUCACCAGAGCUCUGACUCCACCAUGCGUCGCAGGGAAACCCUCUGCAAUCACAUUUUUGGAUGGAAGUAAGCAUACCUAUGGAGCUGUGAUGUAUUUGAGAUGGAACUCGGACAAGGGCCCAAUCAUCAGAUUGGUAGAAUCUAAAGCCAAAUUGACACCAUUAGAUCAAAGAGGAGAGGCUGGGAAAGCCAGUGCUCAGGACCUGGAUGAGUGCUCAGAGUGGCAAGAAGGCCCAAAGUUCCUUAGCCUGCCAAUAGAUGAAUGGUCAAUGCACUCAGCCAAAGAUCUUGCAGCCGCUGCAAGAGACAGCAUCAACAAGCUGCAAAAGAAAGCAUUUGUUGCGGUCUUGACAAGAUCACAGGAAAAGACACAAAACUCCAUCAGUACCCAAGUCAGAGUCACAGGAAGGACCAAACGCAACAAAGGAGACCACCUGCAGGCCCGACCAUCCAAAACCUGAUGGACAUCAAGCGGUUCAGUGAUCUAGCUCGCCUGGUCAGGACCUUUGCAUGGAUUUGGAGGGCAGGGAAGAAGUUUGGACUGCCAAUGUUUCGACUGUGUUUAGCAAAGUGGGAGGCAGUACCAGAUGUCGACGUCUUGUCGUCCUCCCAGUGGAGGAUCAAGUUGUGGUGGACCAGCUCGCCUGAGAGGUGCGAUCUUCCUAGGUCACGCCCGGAAGAUCGAGUGGGAGGUGUUGCGGCGAUCUGAAGCUGCGUGUGUGUGACAGCGGCCGUGCUGCUGCAUGCGCGCGCCGGCGUGUGUGUUUCUCCGCGGCGCGCCUCAGCAGGUGCGCUGCUCCAGCAGGUGAGCACAAUCCCAAAUCAGCGCCAAGGUGAUAAAAGACCGACGGCAAACAUUUAGUUGGGUGCACGGCAGAGCUGAGGAAGGCAGCAGAAACGUUCACCGUCAAUAGACUGAAAUAACGCAUGGGAAAGGACUCUAACGGACUACCGGUUUUUCACCUGCACUGAAAUGCAUUGCUCAAACUGCAAAAUAAAGCAAGUGAAAGAGUGAAAUCCUGAGUCAAGUCCUUCCUUUCAAGUGUGGAAAGCCAUGCAGUGAAAAUACACUUGACAGUAUGGGUUUGUUUUUUUCCCCAUCACAGUGGACACAGACAUGGCCUGAUAAUACAAUCUGCUGUCUUAACUACUUCCUUUGAAUAAUAAAAUAUUAAUUCACAAUUGAGUAUUUAUAAUGUAUGAAUAAAUUUGGUAUUGUGUCAUCAGGUUCUGAAAAUACAGACACCCCCACAGUCCAAGAACAGCUGGAUGACCUCUGGACCCACCUGCCCCCGUUCACCAGUUGAAAAGAUAGGCUUUUUAAAAAAUUCUUCAAUUGUUAAUUCUGCACAAAGUGAUACACAAAACAUUGUAUGUAUUCCAUUUCAACUAACACAAACAUGAAAUGUAUAUUUAAAUACAUGACUUAAUGCAA